GAGUAACACACACUCAUAGAUACGCGACAACAAGCGAAACCUGUUAACGAAAAAUGUUAACGUGAAGCCUGGUAACAGUUUCCACGAACGUAGAAAUGCCAGGAGCAGUGGGUCUCGAAACGCAACAAAAAAUCCAAAAUCGAAAACAUCGCGUUUGACCACCGUUCGUCUCGAUCGAUCUUCGAACACGUUCUGAUUGGGAUCACGAAAGUGAGAAUCGAGAAAAUGAGCAAAAGGAAAGAAAUGAUAACAUGCCGGGGUAUACUAUGGUACGUAGUGUUCUGUGGCUUCGCCAUAAACUAUAUGCUGAGGAUCAACUUGAAUCUAACAAUAGUGGCGAUGGUGAUGCCAUAUCCGAAAGCUGCUGCAGCUGCUCAAUGCAACCACGAAAGUGUCAAUAAAACGAUCGAUAAUAAUAUCACUUUCACGGUUGCACCCCCCAUUGCACCGCCCCUGGAGAAUAUUACGUACACUGACCGAUUUAAUUGGAACGAGUACCAGCAAGGUUUAGCUUUGGGAGCCUAUUAUUGGCUGCACUGGCUGUCUCAACUUCCUGGAGGACUAUUAGCAAGGCGUUAUGGGACAAAACUAGUUUUCGGUUUGGGGAACUUUGUAACAGCCAUUUUGGGCUUUCUAAUUCCAUUUAUGACACAUUAUCACCUCUAUGCUCUCAUUUUCUUGCGAGUUCUUCAGGGUCUAGUGGCGGGUGUCGUGUGGCCCGCCAUGCACGAUAUGACAGCAAAGUGGAUUCCCCCCAUCGAGAGGAGCAAGUUUGUCAGCUCCUAUUUGGGUAGUUCUGUCGGUGCAGCCAUAACUUAUCCACUUUGUGCAGCUGUCAGUAGCACGUUUGGCUGGGAUGCUGCCUUUUACGUAACGUCUUUGCUAGGUGUAAUUUGGUACUGUGCCUGGCUAUUUCUGGUAUACGAUUCCCCUCAGCAGCAUCCUCGAAUAUCUGACGAGGAAAAGAAAUAUAUAUUAGAUAAUCUGGGUGAAUCAGUCGAGGAAACUGUCGACGAGGAAAAGCCUAAAAUACCUUGGAAAUCCAUAUGGCUGUCGGGUCCAGUUUGGAUCACUAUCACUGCACACUGGGGCAGUGGGUGGGGUUUUCUCACUUUGAUGACUCAGACACCGAGUUACUUCAAUUUCGUUCACGGUUGGAACAUCAACGCGACUGGACUCAUUUCCGGUGCUCCCCACCUACUGAGGAUGAUUUUCUCGUACUACUUCUCGAUUAUGUGUGACUGGCUUCUGCGUACCAAGAGAAUGAGCUUGACGAACGUUAGGAAACUGGCGACGUUUGUUUGCACGGCUGUGCAAGGCGCGUUCAUCCUAAUUUUGGGUUUCAGUGGGUGUGAACCGAUACUUGCAGUGAUCUUUAUGAUGGCGGGAACUGCCGCGAACGGUGCAAUUUCCGCCUCCACGUUAGCAAACUUCGUAGAUCUCAGUCCAAAUUAUGCUAGCGUUCUUCUUGGCUUCUGUGGAAUGAUAGUCAUAUGGUGUGGUUUCAUCUCGCCAGCAGUCGUUGGAGCUCUAACCAAUAACAAUCAAACUAUAGCACAGUGGCGUAUAGUAUUUAUCAUAGCUGCUGCCAACUCUAUCGCUGGAGCAGUCGUGUAUAUGCUGUUUGGAACAUCGAAGGAACAGUCCUGGAACAAAUCAGAAAAAUCGAAUGUAGAAUCUGGACGAGAAAUGCAGAAGUUAACAACGGUGCCAGUUAUAAAAUGCGAUGAUGCAGAGGAGAGGACAGAGGCGGCAGAAAAGAAUGGGAUGAUUGAAAGUAAAUAAAAGCACACAGAAGAGGUAUAAAAUUGUCAGAAACAACGUAAGAAUGAAGAACUUCCCGGGAGCAGCCACGGAGGGCGCUUAAUUAUUCGUGAUAUUAACAAAAUCGCGUGCAUCUAUGUUGAGAAAUACGCAACACUACUUUUAAUAACAAACCUGAGCCAUUCGAGGCUCUGUGAAGUCAGCUGCAUCUUGAUCCUGAAGUAGCAGUGGCCAGCUUGAAAUUUUGGGCAUUAAAUCGCAACACUAAUUAAUGAAAAACGCGAUAAAUCAAGAUCGCAACGCUAAUUUAUAAUGGAAAAAUUACAAACGCGAUUUGUAAGAAUAAAAGCAA